CACGAGCUCGCGGAGGCACGUUUCACGAAUGCGAUAAGAGACGUCGAGACGAGAGAGAGAGAGAGAAAGAGAGAUAGAUAGAUAAAUAGAUAGAUAGAUAGAGAGAGAGAGAGAGAGAGACGCGUGUCGCUUCGCACGGCCGAGCGAUAAUAUUUCCCGGCGGGCGAUCGGCCGAACUUGAUCGAAGCACGGAAAACGAGAUAGAGAGAGAGAGAGAAAGAGAGAGGCGCGCGCGCGCGCGCGAGACGACGACGAACGGCGCCGAUUUUCGCGACGCAGGCUGCGUCCGCGGCAGGCACGCGCGAUUAAUCGGCAGGUGAUUCCUCGUCGCUGAUUAAGCGCCAUGUCCCGCGAUGGACCAAUCAGCUGCUUGGUAAACCGUCGUGAGACCUCGAAUCUGUCCACAGACGAAUGACAACAAAAGAGACUGAUAGAAGUCGCGCGCGCGAGAGAGAGCUCGAGUUUUUUCCACGCGCGAGUCCCCUGGCGCGAGAGGAGCGCAUAUUCCCUCCUGGUGGCGCGGCUUUUUUCUGUUUCCCCGUAGCGCGCCGCGAGUAACGUCGCUCAGCAGCCGGUGGUGAAAGUGGUCGUGAGGAAUAUGAAGAGGAGAAAUGUCGAGUGCGGUAAGCUUCGGAGGCCCUUGAAACGCAACAAGCUCACCGAGGGGAUCUACGGAAGUACUUUGCUUUAUCUGAAGUUUCUUCUACUAUGGGCCAUGGUGAUCUUGGCAGACUUCAUUUUAGAAUUCCGUUUUGAAUUCUUGUGGCCAUUCUGGCUGCUCCUCCGAAGUGUUUACGAUUCCUUUAAAUAUCAAGGCUUGGCCUUCUCUGUGUUUUUUAUUUGUAUCGCACUUACAUCAGACAUGAUUUGCUUUUUUUUCAUCCCUGUGCAUUGGCUAUUCUUUGCUGCCAGCACUUAUGUUUGGGUGCAAUAUGUUUGGCACACAGAUAAAGGAGUGUGUCUACCAACUGUGAUGCUGUGGCUACUAUUUCUAUACAUAGAAGCAGCAGUGCGGUUGCGUGACUUACGUCAUAUGCCAUUUCAUCUAGACCUCUGCCGGCCAUUUGCAGCACAUUGCAUUGGCUAUCCUGUAGUUACAUUGGGCUUCGGUUUCAAGAGCUAUGUAGGCUACAGAAUGAGGCAGAGAAAACAGAAAGAUGUGGCAAAGGAGAACGAAUUCUACCUGCAGUUACUGCAACAAGCACUGCCUCUAGAGCAACAAGCUAUGUCAAUGCAGCAAAUACAACCGCAAGUACAGUCACAGGCACACGCCGUAACGUCGAUAGAACAACACGUUAAAACUCAAACACACAAGUUGAGUCCACAGUAUAAUCCAAGCCCUGAGAAGAGCAGAGGUAGGGGCAGUAACAAUUCCGUAGAAACAAACGUACAAAAUGGCGGAUUACACAAUAGUAGUCAAAUCGCACCGCAAACACAUAGUGUUGCUAACAAAAGUACUCAUAGAAAGUCGUUAGACAAGGGUGAGAAGCAGGAGGAACAGCAUAAUAAACAUAAUGUGUCGAGUAUGUCGCCGUCGGACAAGAGUGACAAGAAGUUUAUACACAGUAAUUGUAGUACUGUGACACACAGUGACAUUCAGCUCAUUGAAAGGGUUGGAUCUGUAAAUGACUUCGACAUAAAUGAAGUAGAAAAAGAUAAGUCUAUUAAGGGUUGUGGACAUACCACGAUAAAGUCGCAGUCGAACGGUUCGGUGACAGGAAAAUGGAACAACGUGAAAGAGAAUCGGGAUUCAUCAUCGACCACUAGUGUCCAACGUGAACGUAAAACUCGGCAAGUUAAAAAUGCUGGUGACACUGCAGCAGAACAGAAACAGCAAGACGAUUAUUGUCAAAGGUUACUGAUGUGUCGCAGGCUCGAGGCAGAUAUAAAACGCUUGAAGUCGGAUUUGCAGUCGAGCCGGCAGUUGGAGCAAGAGUUACGAUCGCAAAUCAAUACCUUGCUGAAUGGAGAAAGACAGGCCAAGGGAGAUAUUCAACAGCUCCAACACGAUAACGAUCAGUUACAAAGCAAACUACACGGUCUGGUGACGGCACGUCAACUGGACAAACAGACGAUGUCCUCGUUAGAAAAGCGAAUCGCGGAGGAGAGGAAGCAACGUACCGCGUGCGAAGCGUCUCUGGUCUCCGAACGGAGGGCACGGCGAGCUGCCGAAGAGGCACGUUCCGCGAUUCCACCUCCACCACCACCGCUCAUCAGACAGGAAUGCACCGACGCGUGUAAGAGUCGCAGAUCACAAUUGGAACAGGACCUCAAAAACCUGCGCCGCGAACACAAAUCAAAGGAAGAGAGGUGUAAUGCAUUGGAAAAAGAUGCAGCACGUUGCAAGGAGAAUCACAGAGAGUCCGAAAUCUUACUCAGUGCGCUUAACGCGCUACAGGACAAAAACGCACACUUGGAGAACAGCUUGAGCGCAGAGACACGUAUAAAACUCGAUCUCUUUUCGGCCCUCGGCGAGGUUAAGCGACAAUUGGAGAUCCGAGAAAGCUUAAUCAGAUCUCAGGAGAAAGAAAUUGAGAUGUUGAAAACAAAAAUAGCGCAAGAUUUAGCUGUGAUGCCACAAGACACAUUUGGUCCAGCGCCAACCUGUGCGACGUCCAAGCUUCGUUUAAAUAGUGAAGUGAGAGUAGCAGGAACAAAAAUACGUUCGAACGAAAGUCCCUGUCCAGGGUGUACUGUGUCAAAUUUGGAUCCGAAUGCGACAGCGUACACGCCUAAAGGUUCCCUCGUAGCGUCGACCGAAGCUUAAAAGAACUGCAAUCUCUCAUCGCAUCAGCGCCCGAUAGUAGGAUAUAUCAACUACAAAAAGAUGUUUCAAGUUUCUCCGUGGAAACAACUUAUCCAGUUCAGUUCCUCCGAGCGUACGUAAAAGCGCGGAUUUAUCGGAUUAUCGGUUACCGAAUUUCUCCCAUAAUAUAUAUCCACAUAUAUCUUCUCUUUAAGACAAUAUUUUUAUUACACAGUAUAUGGAUCUCUCCUCUCUCUGAAUAAUACGCGGAAAAUAAUUCACCUAAAGUCUUCCAUGAGAAACUUUACGAAACAUGUUUUGUAUCAUGUCUUGUCUCUCAGAAAGAAUGAAAGCCAUUGGCAUUAUGAUCACACGUGACACGACAGAUUUACUGGAUUUUAAAAUGUGGAAAUCCAAUGACUACUUAAACUUGUAACAUUUAUGCUGUAGGUUGAUUUUUUACGGAUAUGAUGUACGGCAAUGAUAUGAUUUCUCUUCACGUUGAGACCUUUACAUGCAUACACACACGUAUACAUUACAUACAUACGUUAAGUGUAACGAUGCAAGAUCGUGGAUCAACCAAUCGUCUCGGAUCGUAAAUUUAAAAUUGUAAACGGGACACAUGUUCCGUAACCUGCAGAUAUAUUGCUUUCCCUUUUUCUCCCUCCGAGUUUAUCUUACAAUUACAUUCGUCAUAUGCUUAUAAAGCAUCAAACGAUGUGCGUUAUUUGCAAGUGACGGGACUUAUCGGAUGACACGUGCGUAAUGAAAUCCUUUUGAGCGUGAGACGAGGGAAAUAAUGAAGCGUUUUAUUAGACGAAACAACGAUAAAAGGGAAAAUCAUAUCCGUAUCGUGAUCUUCUUGCAGCAUAUGCCUAAACGUGCGAUGACUUGUCGAAGAUGCAUUCUUAUUCAAGUCGUAACUCUGAAGCUAGUCCAUCAUACAAACUCUAUUUAAUAUCAUUGGCGUAUCGAGUCAUUUUACGUCAUGCAAUUACGUCAUGCGGAAUCAACCAUUAACAGGCAGGGUGAAGUACACACGAGCAUAAUUAUCAUUAUCGAAAACAGAGAAGGAUCAAGAGGUAAAUGAUGUCAGAGACGCCAAAUUUAUUUUACGUGAUCAUACAUGUCCGUACGAUGAUGAUACUCUUAGUCGCGUACUUCUAUACUUUUAAAUUCUCAUACUUUAGUUUAGUGUGAUCCUUUUUUUUUUAUGUAUUGGCUUUCAAACGGUACAAAAUAGCUAUUACAUUUUUUCAUAAAAGUGAACGGUAAAACGAUGUGCGGAUUUUAAUGUGAUAAAAGUGAUCGGUUUUGUAGAGACUCAAAAUUAGAGAUGAGCGCGCUAAACUCGUUGCUUUAAAAGGAAAUGCAAGAUACGCAGGCGUAUAGCGAUUGUUAAGAUUAUGAGAUUAUGUAAUGCCAUACUUCGCGUUGAAAGUGAGUUCAAAGAUGCAAAAUGAUAAUUUUAUUGUCACAAGUACAAAUUUCGGAGCGUGUGAAGUUAUUUUCAUAUGGCCGCCUUAUUUAAAUAAGUUAAUUCGCUGCUCUUCAGCAAAAUUGAGUUUGAUGAAAACUACUUUGUGAUUAGAUGUAAAUGUGUGGAUAAGGAUUUUUCUUUUCUGUCUUUUUUUUCUUUCUUGUGACGUCCACUAAUUAUUAAUUUUGAAGCUAAGAGCAGGAGAAGUUUUGUUUUCCUUAAUUAUUAUUCUUAAUAUAUACAUACAUAUAUAUAUAUAUACCCGAAUAUACACAGGCACGAAUAUACCAGUGUGUUACAUGACUUGACAAAUUAUGAUACCAUUAUUUAGUGUGGUGCAUAAUGUUUACGAAAGAUCUGUCGAAUUAUAAAAGUAUAGUAAUUUAUUGUGUGGCGUAUUUGGGUGCAAUUAAUUUUAAACGUUUUCGCGAAAAAUUGUAAAUUGUUACGAUCGUUGAUUACGUUACAUUAUACGUUGUCAUUUCGAUUUAGGUUUACGUAUGUUCAUCUUGAUAAUUGAUAAAGGUUGUUGCUUGAUUAAUACAAUUGACUCGUAGAGCGUUCGAAGGGACGAAUUGUUGAGGCAGAAUUGUGGUGGCAUUACGCGAAUGCUUGUGCGAUCGGCGAUCAAUAAAUUCUGCGUUUUCUUAUUCUAUCCGCAAGAAAGCCAGUACUUGCUUCUUCACGCGUGCCCACAUGCGCGAACGUAAUUGUUAACUAUUUACGAAGUCAUUCUUCCAUAAUUGUACAUACGAAGCACUGUCAUGACAGUUUACUUAUGGACACUAGUAGUGGAUCAUGACCAACUAGUCAAGCGAAGAAGGAUGUUCUACGAGCACAAAUAUUUAUUAGGUAUCUAAACAUUCGUUUUCGCCUUCUAUGGAAAAUGAAAAAAAAAAGAAGAGAUACAGAACUCACACACUUUCAUCUUGCUAAGAUUUAGUACCCGGACUUGUUGGAUAUAAAAUAAACUUCUGAUGAAUCCAAGUCUCCUGGAUGAUCCACGUAACGAACGACGUUGUAAAGAGCUCUUCUGGCUAAUGUACAAUGUAUAUCAUUAAAUUUUGGACCUCUCAGUCUUUGAGCAGUGCUUAGUUUCUUUCUUACUACCGAAAGUUCGCGCGAAAAUCUCCUGAUUUGCGUUUACUUGCUAAUUACGUUAAUAGAAGUGACCGUAUAUCGGUGUACACUAUCUUUUCAUACGCAUCCAUCGGUGCAUAUUAAAAAAUAGGAACAUAGGACGAUUGUCGGUUCACGAAAAAGGGAAGAAUGGAAAAAUCGCAUAUUUCGCAUCCACGAUCGAUACGUCUUUCCGUUUCCGCAAGUUGUCGCAAGUCGAGAACUCGAAUGCAACUCGAAGAACUGCGUUUUUCUUUGGCGAAUAAAUUUGUACUGAGUUUCGAUUUGGCGUUUGCGUGCGCUUACGUUUGUUUUACGUGCGGAUACCACAGUGACGAUAUGAUAUGAUGAUGUGUAAAUUAUAUCGCCAAAGGAAAACUUUGAUACCGUCGUAACGCAUUAGCGUGACUGUUGUAGGGCACUUGCGUGUUUGCAUAGUCAGUUUUUGCUACACAAAGUUACUAUUAACUUACGUCCCGGAUGUAUUCGCGCCGAUAUUUCACGAUAUGUAACGAGAAUUAGAUACUAAAAGCGAUGAUGUAUGUAUACUUUCGAAAAAUUAUAGUCCAGGCAGACCAUUCGAUUUGUUCAAACCAUUUAUAUGUAAUAUCACGAAUAAUUGUACCUGACCAGGGUGUACUGUAGCGUUUUUUUUCUUUGUUUACGUUUUGGCUGAUUUACUUAUGGGUUUAAUUCCAUCGAGAAGGCUGGCUUGAUGAGCAGUUAAUUAAUUAUUUAACGCGAUAAUAUCGUACACAUUGAGUUAUUGUGAUAUAUACAUACACAAGUGCAUGAAAAUACACACACACACAACACACAAAAUGUACAUGUACACGCAUGUCACGUGUAAAUAUACAUAUAUACACACACAUACACACACGUUCGCUCUUUACAUAUUUAUUUGUGUAUACUCGUACAUAUCGCGUGCGUACGUCAGCAAACAUACGCAGUUAUUUACGCGUAUACACACACAUAUAUGUAUAAUUAUUUUAGUUAUACAAUGAUGUUUCUUACCAUAAUAAAUUAAUAAUGAUGAUAAUUAAUCGAUCGCCGUAGAGGUAAGUUUUCCUAUUUCCAGAUGCUUUAUUCGAAUUUUGCGUGAUAAGAGGGGAAAGACGCGUAUAUCAAGCAUAAGUACUUAAUUUUUUUAUUUUUCAUUUUGCGCUCUUUUUGAAUGCGAGGGAGGGAGAGAGAGAGAGAGAGAGAGAGAGAGAGGUGUGCACAAAUUCAGGGUACUCUUGUAAUAUCUGCUUCCUGAAUACAUAUAUAUAUAUAUAUAUAUAUAUAUAUAUAUAUAUAAUUUGUAGGUUCUUUGAUAUUACAUAGUUAAUUUAUUAAGUUGGCGAGACGACAAAAUAAAAGAAGUUUUUUAAUUUACACUCCAAGUUCUCGGUGUUAAGUCUGGUCGAUGUUUCAAAGUUAACGGAAAAUCAUUACGAUAGAAGUCUUCUUUUUUUUAUACAUGUUGGUUGUUAAAACUAAUGUUCUUGUGCGCUUCCAACGCUUACGACAAUGUGUACUUAUUUCUAUCCCUUUAUUUAGCAUUUAAGUUAUCGCCGAAGACGAAUGUAUGUUGUUGGGUGCAACAAUAACACACGGCUAUUGAUCUCAUCUCAUAUGUAUCGCGACACCGUACACGCAAAUGCCCUUAUACUAUUGUGAAAAGUGAAAAAAAGAAAAAAUGCGAGACGUCGCUGAGGGGAACAUUUUUAACGUAUUGUAAACACGCGGAUAAAACGGAUCAAGACGUGCGUUUCUCACAUCACAUGUAAUGAACGUGUAAAUCAACGUGUAAAACAACGCCUAAUCUCGAAGAAACACGCAGGUAGUUCUACGUGCUUCAUAUAUAUCAUAUGCGCAGCGAGGCAGUGUGUAAAGAGAAAGAGCGAGAGAGAGAGAGAGAGAGAGAGAGAACAGAAUCGAAUACGAUGAAAAACUUAUCUUGCGAUUGACCGUAAACGCGUACAUUGCAACGCAACAUGCAGAGAACAUCAACUAUAAUACGCCACUAUUAUCGUACAUGCGUUUCUACCACAGUUAGUUCGUAACUCAUACCGAGCUUGAAACCCUGUUCGAACAACAGCACUUCCGUGGAGUGAUAUGCUGAGACGAUCUUGUAUUUAUAUAUAAUAGUUCUCUUUUGCAUAUUUUUUGUCUAUCUCUCAGUCGGUCACAUAGAAUAUAUUUGACUUUUGUUUUCGUACUAAAAAAAGAAAAACUACACGAUUUAUAUAAAUUCUCCUCUCAUCCUUUCGAAGAUAUUUACAAACAAAUUUCCUCUAUUAGCGAGUACAAGUGUAAACAAAUUACAAUUCCCCUCCUUGCUAUAUGUUCCAGUGAGUGAGAGAGAGAGAGAGAGAGAGAGAGAGAGAGAGAGAGAGAAAGAGAGAGAGCUGUUUCGAACGCGUAUGAGUUGGAGAGGACAUGCAUCUUUUAAACUUUAUAUGGGAUAUAUCAAGGCGACAUAGUAUAAAUUUCUCCGAGUAGCAAUGUUGUUUUACGUGUUGCUACGUAAUCAUUUUAUAGGUCCAGGUGCGAAAGGGGGCCUGUUGCAAGUGAUAAAUUUCUGAGGAAACUAAUUUAUACAGCGGUAUCUCUUGCGCGCAGUAUUUAAUUUUCGCUAAUAGUUGAGUCAUUCGAGAAUAUUGCAAUUUCCAAAAUAUUAUAAGGAGCUAGGAGAAUUAUUGAUAUUAAUAAUGUGAAUUAAUUUUCAUUGUGUACCAUGUACCGCUAUAUACUCCGUAGCAAUAUUUAUUAAAAUAAACAUCGUAAACCGA